UUCCUUUUUUUCAGAUGAAAUUUAAUCCAUGGACUUACUGUAUAAUUAUCUGGAGCUGUGAUGGAAUAAGGAAGCCCUCUAUCUCUAACGGUGGUUGGGAAACCUAUCCUUCAGAUAUAUCCGUCCCUCCCGGACCUUGUAAUAUACCCAUACGAGACAAUACACUCAGCCAAGAGGAGUUCUUGGAAAAGUUUGCGUUCACUGAACCCUUGAUAGUGCGGGACGGAGCUAACAAUGAUUUGUUUAGAGCUCUUACUGGAAAGUCUGAACUGUUGAGUGAGUACGGUGACUCCGUGGUUAGAUUGAGCUCUGCUAACACACACAGCUACGAGAAGAAGGAUAUUACUUUCUCAGACUACUGUCAGCACCAUCUGUCUCCGCAGAACUUAAACACAUACGGAAAUGAAACCUUCUAUAUGUUCGGGGACAAUGAUUUUAUUGAAUGGAAAGAACUAUUAGACGAGUAUUCACAACCUCCAUAUACUUUACCGAGGUAACAUUUUUAUCAUUUUAAACAAA